AUGUCCAACCCGGAGAAGCGGAUCUUAUCCCGCCCCUCGGCCCCCCUAGCUGCAGCACCCGGGGAAAAGCCCGGCUCCGGCAGCCGCCCGCUCCACUCCCAUGGCCAGCGCGGUGGAGGUGGAGGCAGCGGCGGGUCUCCUCCUCCUCCCCCCGCUCCUGGAGGCGACUCGGCUGCCUGCAGCUCCCUCUCUCUCCUCCUAACAACCACCGCCAGCAGCAGAAGCCGCGCUACAGGCACAGCCUCCUCCGCCGUCUCCGCCAGCAUCGUCUCUAAAGCGGCAGCGGCUCCUUUCCUCGUUCCAAUCCCCUCCUUCUCUUACGCUUCUCCAUCUUCUUUUUAUUUCUUGCCGCCGCCUCCUCGUUUCCCCUCCUCAUUUUCCUUUAACCUCACAAGUCUCCAAGGGAGGGAAGGAGGAGGAGAGGCAGCGAGAGCGGCAGGAGGAGGAGCAGCAGCUCACUUGAUCGCCCAUCCAGGCGGCAGCGGCAGGAGGAGACUCUUCUGUUCUUCCUCCAUCCAGGGCUUGCUGCUCCGUUCCGCAGCCGGCGGCCCCCGGCAGCACCACUCCCGGCUCCUCCUCUCCCCAGCCGCCUCUCGCCCGUGGUCCUGUAAUUCCCUCGGUGCUGCAGCAGCAGCAGCAGCCCGCGGCGACGGGAUCCGAGGAGGCGACGGCCCCGGCGGGAGCAGGACUCCUAGGCGGCAGCAGCGGCAGAGAGGCGCCUUCUUCUCCUUCUCGUCUCCCCUGCUCCUAGGGCCAGACAUGGAAGAUGGAUCUAAUUCUGCAAGCUGCUUUAGGAGGUUUACGGACUGUUUCUUGAAUACAAAAAGGAGAGGGACUUGGAUGAAUUUCACUAUCAGGUACUAUAUUAUCGGCUUAACAGAUGAAAAAGUGAAGGCGUAUCUUUCUCUUCACCCCCAGGUACUGGAUGAGUUUGUGUCAGAAAGUGUAAGUGCAGAAACUGUGGAAAAAUGGCUGAAAAGGAAAAAUAACAGACAAGAAGAUGAAACGGCUCCUAAAGAAGUCAGCAGGUACCAGGAUACGAAUAUGCAAGGCGUAGUGUACGAAUUAAACAGCUACAUAGAGCAGCGCCUGGAUACAGGAGGAGAUAACCAACUGCUUCUGUAUGAACUGAGCAGCAUCAUUAAAAUAGCUACAAAAGCUGAUGGAUUUGCACUAUAUUUCCUGGGAGAAUGCAAUAAUAGUCUGUGUGUAUUUACACCACCAGGAGCUAAAGAAGGACACCCACGACUCAUUCCUGCAGGGCCCAUUGCACAUGGCACUACAGUAUCUGCUUAUGUAGCCAGAUCCAGAAAAACGUUGUUAGUAGAAGAUAUUCUGGGGGAUGAGCGAUUUCCCAAAGGUACUGGACUGGAGUCGGGGACCCGUAUCCAAUCUGUUCUGUGUUUGCCAAUUGUCACAGCAAUUGGUGACCUGAUAGGUAUCCUGGAGCUUUACCGUCACUGGGGCAAAGAAGCCUUCCACCACAGUCACCAGGAGGUUGCAACAGCAAAUCUUGCAUGGGCUUCAGUAGCAAUACAUCAAGUACAAGUGUGCCGGGGCCUUGCCAAGCAGACUGAACUGAAUGACUUCUUGCUUGAUGUAUCGAAAACAUAUUUUGAUAAUAUAGUUGCAAUAGAUUCUCUACUUGAACAUAUAAUGAUAUAUGCAAAAAACCUGGUGAAUGCAGAUAGGUGUGCACUCUUCCAGGUUGACCACAAAAAUAAGGAGCUGUAUUCAGACCUUUUUGAUAUUGGAGAAGAAAAUGAUGGAAAACCUGUCUUCAAGAAGACCAAAGAAAUAAGAUUUUCUAUAGAAAAAGGAAUAGCUGGUCAAGUGGCAAGAACAGGAGAAGUCCUUAACAUCCCUGAUGCCUAUGCAGACCCACGCUUUAACAGAGAAGUAGACCUCUACACGGGCUACACAACCAGAAACAUCCUGUGCAUGCCUAUAGUGAGCCGAGGAAGUGUAAUAGGUGUUGUGCAGAUGGUUAACAAAAUAAGUGGAAGUGCCUUCUCUAAAACUGAUGAGAACAACUUUAAAAUGUUUGCAGUCUUUUGUGCUUUAGCCUUACACUGUGCUAAUAUGUACCACAGAAUUCGUCAUUCAGAGUGUAUUUACCGUGUAACGAUGGAGAAGCUAUCCUACCAUAGUGUUUGUACAGCAGAAGAGUGGCAAAACCUCAUGCACUGUACACUGCCUCCACAUAUUUAUAAAGAAAUUGAGCUAUACCAUUUUGAUAUCAGUCCAUACGAAGAUGUUUGGCCGGCUAUUUUUGUCUAUAUGGUUCACCAGUCCUGUGGGACAGCCUGCUUUGAACUUGAAAAGCUGUGCCGGUUUACUAUGUCUGUAAAGAAGAACUAUCGCCGCGUGCCCUACCACAACUGGAAGCAUGCAGUUACCGUUGCCCAUUGCAUGUAUGCCAUACUGCAGAACAACCAGGGGCUUUUCACUGACCUAGAGCGAAAGGGUCUUUUAGUUGCAUGCCUGUGUCAUGACCUGGAUCACAGAGGUUACAGCAACAGCUAUCUUCAGAAAUUUGAUCACCCCUUAGCUGCUCUCUAUUCCACAUCAACGAUGGAACAGCACCACUUCUCGCAGACUGUGUCCAUCCUGCAGCUGGAAGGGCACAAUGUCUUCUCCAAUCUGAGCUCCAGCGAAUAUGAGCAAGUACUUGAGAUCAUCCGGAAAGCCAUCAUUGCCACAGACCUUGCCCUGUAUUUUGGAAACAGAAAACAACUUGAAGAGCUGCAUCAGACAGGAGCAUUAAACCUUAAGAACCAAACACACAGAGAUAGAGUGAUUGGCCUGAUGAUGACAGCUUGUGAUCUGUGUUCCGUAACAAAGUUGUGGCCUGUUACCAGACUGACAGCCAAUGACAUAUAUGCAGAGUUCUGGGCUGAGGGCGAUGAAAUGAAGAAAACAGGUAUUCAACCUAUUCCUAUGAUGGACAGAGAUAAGAAAGAUGAAGUCCCUCAGGGUCAGAUUGGGUUCUACAAUGCUGUAGCCAUCCCAUGUUACACCACCCUUGCACAGAUCUUUCCUCCAACUGGGCCACUACUCCGAGCAUGCAGGGACAAUCUUAACCAAUGGGAGAAAGUAACGAGAGGUGAGGAAGCCUCUAUAUGGAUUUCUUCUCAAUCCCUUGCUCCUGGGACCUCAGAUUCUCUUCCUGUGAAGAUUGAUGACUGAACAGCAGCAACAGAUUGCUUUAACCUGAAAAGCACCCCUUCUUGUUUUGGGGAUUGUUUUUUGUUUUGUUUCAUUUUUAUUUGAAAAAGGAAAGCUGCAAACCGCUAAGUAGACCUGCCUAGGAAGGUAACACCUAUGGAGUUACCUCAGCUAAAUGACACUGGCAGCCAAUCUCCUGACCUACACCAGUGACACAACGUAAACAGAGGGAAAAUGACAACCCAGAUGUUUUGGAGUCAGCUAUCAAAAGAGAACUUACAACUUGUGAAUAUAAAAGACUGGCCUUAUCUCAUGGGCUACAUUGCUGAGGCCUUAAUUUAAA